UAGCUCGAAAGCUCUUCCCACAUGGAGCGGUAACAGCUUCAGCUCUUCCUUUGCCAUGCCGAGCAGAAGCAGAAGCCGCACGGAAGAAGCGGAGGAGCGCCGUGCGCUGUGACGGGAGCAAUGAAGGAUGAUGUGGCAGAGAUGCGGUAUGCAGCGGUUCGCGCGAAGCUCAGCGAGCAUUGCUACCAUCAGCACUUUGAUGCGGAGUCCGUGCUGCUGGUGGAGACGAUGAUCGAUGACCUGAUUGCCUCUGCCGCCGGCUUUAAGGAGAUGGAGCAGAAGGAAAAGGAAAGAACCCAGGAGCUGCAACUGCUGAUCUCGGAGCUUGGUGUGCUCCGCUUGGAGAACCCCCGACUGCAGGCCGAGAACAACGGGCUUCACCUGCAGAUCAUCGAAGCCGUGGAAGCCUCUGAGACCUGGGAGGCGUCCAUGCUCUCCUCCCUGCAGAGCCUGGAGGAGGAGAUGGAGUCCACGAAGCUGCAGCUGCAACGAGAGGUGCGUCACAACUGCCAGUCUGAGCGCCGGUUGCAGCAGGCGCAGCUGCUGGCGCUGGAUGCUGCCGGGUUGGCGGACGCAGAGGAGCCCUGUGAGGCUCCUCGCCGCGCGGCCUUGAUGCCGCGGGACGACGAGCCGCAGGAGCUGGCGCUCUCCGAGGCUUUGGGCCGCUGCCAAGCGCGGCUGGUGCAACUGGAGGCCCAAGCCGCAGCGGCACGGCGGCGCGGGGAAGACAUGGAGAGCCAGGCAGCUGACCUUUGCGACCAGCUCUUCAAGCCCUGUCCACAGCUUCGACAAAGAGCCCUGCAGGCGGGCAGAACGCAAUCCUUGGAGCGCAGCCGAGCAGACGUGCAGGAGAUGUCGCAGCAGCAUGCUGAGCUGGAGAGCCGUCUGGCAGCUGUGGAAGGAUGGCAGAAGGCCCUAGAGCACCGCAACACGGAGUUGAAGAGCGAGGCGAAGGCUUUGUUAGUUUCGGUUGACGAGGAAUCUGCCAAGACAACAGAAGUGUUGGAGAACAGCAGAGCUCAAGCUGACAUCCAGAAGCGCUUGCACACUGAAAUGCAGGAGCGCUCAGAAUCUUUGCAGCAAAUGUGCAGGCGCAUAGAAGGCUCCACGAAGAUACUGAAUGCACGGCUAGCCCAGAUCUCAAGAGAAGAGGUGCUGAAGACGACAGAGCAGUCGCGCCAGGUCAAGGAGCUCUUGGACAAGCUGGUUUUGCUGCAGGAAGGCCAUCAGCAAUCUCCGCUGACUUCGCAGCUGAAACAGAUUGAAGAACGCUUGCACAGAGCAGAGGACGAAAGCAGUGCUUUGAGUACUUCUAGAUCUGCGCUGCAAGAAGAGGUGCAAUCGGCGAUGCUGGAAGCAGAGACUCAAGCGAGGCAGUUGACAAAGCAAACGCAAGCGCUGGAGGGAGACAUCCGCAAUGAUGCAGACAUCCAAAGCAGGUGGCACGGUGCUGACACACACCUGCAGUGGCUGAAUGCUUCUUUGUCAGGGAUCACGGACGAACAGAAGAAGCUUGCGACCUACCUGCAGGAGCAGCAGACUUUUCUUCAGCAAGAGAGCAUGCAGCGGGUUCAGCUCCAUGCAGAGGUGCAAAGGCUACACGCCGUUGUUCGCUCGCUGGACGGCACACGAGAGGAGUGGCUGGCUGACCUUGGCAAAGCCGUGGACUCCUUGCGACAGUCCCACGCCUCGCUGACGGCUACCCUGCAGCAGGAGGAGUUCGCCCAAGCGACCUCUGACAAGCUGAGGCAAGAGGCCUUUCAAGUGCAGAGGAGCAUCCAGGUGGCCUCUACGCAGAGGGACGAGCUCUCGGCAGAGGUGCAGGAAUGGGGCCAAGAACUCCACUCCGACCUCCUUCGCCGCGAUGAGGCGCGAUCGAUGGCUGCUCGGCUUGUGGAGGAGCUCCGGGAGUUGCAGCUCUCUGGUACAUGGACUCCUGAGAGGGCGCCUGAUCCUCCUGACGCAGAGUCUCUGGAUCAAUGUCACCAAGAAGUGUGGCAGCUCGAGGAGAGACUGGCACGUGUAGAGACCCGGACGGCAUCUGUAAUCUCCAAGGCCACUCUAAGCGAGGCAGCCAAUCUUCAACAGCUUGGCUUUGAAGGAUCUUGCGCGCUGGAGAAAGUUUGCGAAGGAGAGCUUGCUUCAGCCGAGGCGAUGUCGGAAGCUGUCUCCUCGAAGUGCUGGCAGCUGCAGGCGGACAUUCAGGAAAUGCUGGCAAGUGCCUCCAUCGAAGAGUCGGCACAUGAUCAACUGGAGAGCGAGUUUGCAAGAUGUCAGCAUGGUCUCAGCGAGAUGGAGAUGUCCGAGCACCACGCAGCUGCAGGCUGGGGUGACGAACAGCGAGCAGCUGCUUCAGAGCUGGAUCUCUUGAGAAAGGCUGCAGCCAUCCUGGACGAGGAAAGGGACAUCACGCAGCGUCUGGCAGACGACAGAGCACAAGAAGUGGACGACCUGCAGAAUGCCAUCCGAGACCACCAGCAGUCGCUUCAGGAAGCUCAGCAGGCUCUGGAUGACCUCCGCUCAAGCGCUGAUGGCCAGCAGCAUCACCUGGACCAGCAACGUCUGAUGAAGACAGACAGGCAGGAGCAUCUAGAAGCGCUGCGGCAUCAGUCGCAAGCCUUGCGUGUGGAUGUUCGAGAGCGCAGCACAGAGGUGUCCCACGUGCUCGAGGACCUGCAGCACAUGGUGAAGGAAAACCAGGACCUGCAUGAAGAGUCCCGCAAGCUGGCGCUGAGUGUGACUGCUCGGACAGCAGAGGCGCGCAAGAAGUUUGAGCAGCAGGAAGAGUCCGCUGAGCAGCUGCACGCCUUGGAGUUGGAAAGAGUUGACGUGGCCAGACUUCGCGAGCAAAUCUGUCUGCAAACCAGGCAGCAGGAGGUGGCGAUCUCCCGGCUUAGCAACCACAAGGAAACGGCUCGCCGUGCGGCAGGCGAGUUGGUGGCUCAGCUGCAGCGGAUCCAGGGAGCGCAGGAGUCCUGGCACAGCCGGGAGGAGGAAUACCAGGUUGACAUCUCCCUGAUGCAGGAGCAGAUUGCAGACAUCGCGCAGCGCGUCGCGAUGAGUGAGGAGUCGCAGCAGAAGGCCUUGGAGGAGGAUGCCCGGCUUCAGGGGGACGUGGCGGCGGCGGCAAAGGCGGCGGAGGGUGCCGACCAGAGCGAGGCGGCCCAAGCGCAGGCAGUUGCAUCGCUGCGGCUCAGGCGCCACCAGAUUGAAGUAGCCUUGCAACAGACCAUGGCAGAGGUUGCGUCACAGCAGCGCUUAGCCGAGCAAGAUUGGAGCCAGGUGAGCCGCCUGGAAUCUUUGCUCGAAAGCGGCCAGAUCAAACUCAACAAGAGCACUGCCGAACUCGAGGCGCUUCAAAAGUAUCAUCGAAGUUCGCCACUGGCCGUAGGCAGCGAUGCGGCUGCGAGUCCUUCUUCCCUCUCCCUGAAGCAGCAGGAGAAUGAGCGGUAUGCCAAGGCUAAUGCAACAUCCCUGCCUGCGCUUAGAUUUGAGGUGACUAGCAUGCAUUGGGGAGCAGCGUUGUGCAGGUGGGGGAGCUUGAUGCGCAGAGGCAGCGCUUGCAUGCAGAGGUCACCCGCUUGCGCGCGGAGCUGAAGCGGAGAUCGGGCUGAGAGCGAGCCGCGUAUUUUUCCGGGAGCUUGGCAAGGCUUGGCGUCGAGCCUCUAG